GUGGGUCCCACUUAUACCAACAAACAGAAGCUGUUGUAAUAAGGGUAAUCACUAAACUCCCCAACCGGUCAUCAAUGCCCCAAUUAGUCUUCUCUAAUAGUACACCUGUCACUGGUUUACUGGAUAAUGGACAGAGAAAACUAUACAUUGAGGUAACUUUAUCAAUUGACAUUCCUCGCGAGUCUCACCCUCACCUUUCUCACUACUCAGGUAUAUGGCGCGCACCAGUUAAAAGCCAGAGCCUCACAACGUCCUCCACUACAGACCUCAUUGAGCUCCUUAAGCUACUAUUUUCCUCACCACUAAGGCUUCUUCAACUUCUUCUUCUUCUUCUUCAUCUUUUUCUCUCACUUGAAAAUUUCAGUGAUAAAAUGUUCUACUCGCACCAGCUCCUUGCUCGUAAAGCUGCUCUCGGCCAAAUCUGGAUGGCUGCAACGAUGCAUUGCAAGAUUGAUAGAAGGAAGCUACACAAGAUCGACCUCAUCAAGAUCUGUGAUGAGAUAUUGAAUCCGUCAGUUCCCAUGGCCCUUAGGCUCUCUGGAAUUCUUAUGGGUGGAGUAGUGAUUGUGUAUGAACGAAAAGUAAAACUGCUCUACGAUGAUGUGACUCGUCUUCUGGUUGAAAUCAACCAAGCAUGGAAGGUGAAGGAUGUACCAGACCGUACUCUGCUCCCCAAAGGAAAAUCUCAAGCCAAGAAAGAAGCUGUGACUCUUCCUGAGAAUAAAGAUACAGAUGUUGGGGAUAUGGAGCAGAUACGUAAUUCUUUCAGCGCCACAGCCGACAUGGGGUUCCAGCAAACAGCCUAUUUUUCUAUGCGACUUGACAGCGUGGAUCCGACAUUUAUUAACGACAAUGCUGGAGAUCAAUCUGAACACUUCCAUCAAGCUGACCCGGAAAAUAUCACCAUAUUUGAAAAAUUUGAUCCAAAUCAGGCUGAUACAACUACGUACAAUCUUUACGAAAGAUUCGAUGUUGAAGGCGAUGAUGAGCCACAGUUCAACUUCACUUCGGGAACACAAAUUCACACUACUCUUAUUGCCUCUCCACCCCUUCCAGACGAGCCUGAAAGAGCUUAUGAAAUCCACAAUCCAGAACCCGAGCUUUAUCAGAACGAUGAAUCCAAGGAAGUGAACCAGGUUCAACAGAAUCAGGGGCCCAGAAGAAAGAAAAGAGGAAAAUUAACCGUCUCUAUCAUGGACAAUGAACAAACUAUUGUUCCUGGUCAUGUAUACCAAUCCUGGCUUCAAAAUCCUUCGGAUAUCACCUUGAAAAGAGGAAGAGGAAGAAACAGAAAGCGCACCGGUUUAGUGUCCAACAUGAAGAUAGCUCAUCUCAUGGAGCUUCCUCCUACGGUACUUAUGGAUGAUUUAUUUAGAACCGGAAUCAGAGAGGUUUAUUAUCCGCGACCUCUGAUGGAGAUGUGGAUAAAAAGUGGCCAAAUUCCUCAAAAAUCACCAUCUGAGAGGGCCUCUCCAGCUCCGUCUCCAGAAGCAAGAGUGUCUCUACAGCCUGAAGAAAUAAAUUUUCAAGAUCAGAUGGGAUUUGAGUUCCAAGAUUUUCACAGUGGAGUUGGCUCCCCGUCACUAAAUCCCUUUGAAAGACAACGAACAGAUACUGUGAGUCUUAUGGACGAACUAAGAGCUAAUCUUAUGAAGAAUGGAUCUGGGAAUACUGAAUCAAACGUCAUGCGCACUCCUGGAUAUUCAGGAGAUGGCGUGAGAUCCAUUCCAAGCUCAGCUUCUGGACAGACAAUUAUUUUGAAUAAUGUAGAAGUCAAUUCGGGACGAUCAAACAAGAAAAGGACUUAUUCUUCAUCCAGACACAGCAGCAAUGGACUUCGACCUGUGGCGGAAGAGAAUGCAUGGGAUAACCCAGAUCCCAGUUUUAAAUUACAAAGACUAUCUGAGCAUAAUGGCCUGACUCCAGAUAAUGAACUACUGGUGGAAACUGGACCUACACAGACCCCGCAACCAGUAAACAAUCACCCAUUUGACAAAAUAACUGACUGUAUUAGCAUGCAAAUGAAGGCGCAUUUUGAUACACCAGGUGCACCUCAAGUAGAAUCCUUGAACAAUCUAGCUACUGGAAUGAACCCAAAAGGAGCGGCUUUGCUCUUCUAUCAAACUUGUGUUCUAGCCAGUAAGGAUGUCCUAAAAGUGGAACAAAAGGUUCCGUACGGAGAUAUAUUCAUUUCCAAAGGAAGAAAAAUGUGAACUGAGGUGUAGUAAAUUUAAGUCACUAAAGGUUUUACAUCAUGUUUUCUCUGUCACAGCUAAUGGUAUUGGAAGUAGCUAGUUUAGAUGGGAGAUUUCGCCCUUUAAUCUACUACGGCUUAUAGACUUCACGUAAUUCACCUACGUUUCUGAAAUGGAGAAAGUAAAUAGACGCUUCAGUCUUAGGUUGGAAAGCGACGCGUAUUGCUUGCUAUUCUCUGAUUAUAAAUUGUUUGUUAGAAUCAGAGAACAAGUUUUUUUAGCUUAACUUGUUUAGGCUGCUUGUUAGUGUUCUUGUCAAUAGCAUAUAAUAUUUCUAUUAUGACAUGAAUCCUACUGAUUGUCAUAUUAUCUAUGUAGGCCUCGUGUAACUAUCUGGCUAUAUAAUACCAUUGUAGAAAGUUUUAUCAGUUGCUUACUU